AUGCCUCCGAUUCCUGCUCCUCCUCAUCACCUUACCUUCUGCCCUGCAAACGAGGGAACGAGCACGGCAAGCACAACACCCGGCUUCCUUUGCGAAAGCGGGGGCUUUGCAGGCGUGUAUCUGCUUCAUCGACUUCGCCAGGAAGGCUUUAAUGUCAAGAUUGCCGAGGCCGGAUCUGCACUAGGCGGUAUAUGGUAUUGGAACAACUAUCCCGGUGCUCGCGUUGAUAGUCCAUGGCCGGUGUAUCAGCUGUCGAUUCCAGAAGUGUUUAGCACUUUUGAAUGGAAGGAGCACUAUCCAGGCAGUGCAGAGCUGCAACGAUACUUCGAACAUGCCGACAAAGUGCUGAACAUUAGUAAAGACACCUUAUACCACACUCGUGUCAAGGCUGCAACGUGGGAUGAUGAAAGUCACCGAUGGCACGUCGAAUGCGAUAAUGGAACCAAGAUCACGGCCAAAUUCAUGCAUUGCUGUCUUGGAUUUGCAGCAAAGCGGCACUUUCCAGACUGGCCAGGCUUCGAUGACUUCCAAGGCUAUGUUUGCCAUUCAUCUUUCUGGCCCAAGGAAGGCAUAGACAUGAGAGGCAAAAGAGUAGGCGUAGUCGGGAAUGGCGCUACAGGCAUCCAGAUAGCCCAGGAAUCCGCAAAAGACGCCGAACAUCUGUCUGUAUUCAUCAGAACGCCAAACACAUGUAUCCCGAUGAAUCAAAGACCAGUCGACCCGAUCAAAGCCAAGAAGGACCUCGAAGACUACAUCCCGCGGAUGCUGCAGAAGGAGCGAUUCCGCACCAUGGGAGGGUUCUUGUAUAGUGAUCCCACGAAGACGAUCAAGGAGACUUCGCCAGAGGAGCGCGAGCGGAUCCUUCAGCAUGCCUGGGACAACGGAGAGACCCCAAUUGAGAAGCUCGUUCCUCAGGGCAUCGUUACAGCCGACGGUAAAUUGCAUGAGCUGGACAUUCUUGCGCUGGCCACAGGAUUUGACUCGCUUACUGGUGGCUUCAUGGAAAUCGACAUCAAAGGCAUUGACGGCGAGGCCCUGAAGCAGAAGUGGAGUGGCGAGCAGGGUGCGUUGUCGUACCUUGGCCUGUGUGUCAAUCAGUUUCCCAACAUGUUCUAUACCUAUGGCCCUCACGCUCCAACCGCAUAUGGCAACGGGCCAUCGAUCGUAGAGCCGCAAUGCGAGUGGAUCCUGAAGACCAUGCAGCUCAUGGCUAAAGAUGGCAAGACCAAGAUCAACGCCCAGGCUCAAGCAGAGCAAGAGUGGAAGAAGGUUGUGAAUGAGCUCCACGCUGCAACGGUCAGAGAUAGUGUAGACUCGUGGUACAUGGGCACCAACAUUCCUGGCAAGCCGCGUCAGGCGCUAAACUAUGCAGGUGGCUUAGCAAACUAUAUUGAUUCCAUCAAUGGAAGUCAAGAGAAGGGCUUUGAGGGCUUCGACCUUUCGUGA